AUGCAAGAUUCCAAGAAAGGAGAAUUACCAAUCCAGAGUAAUGCCAAGCUGAGUAAGACUCAGAGUCCGAGUACAGAGGCUGAGAUAGCUGAAAUGAGUCAUAUACCAUAUGCUUCCGCUGUGGGCUCGAUCAUGUAUGCUAUGACUUGUACUCACCCUGAUGUGGCCUUUGCUUUGAGCAUGGUCAGUAGAUAUCAAGGGAACCCUGGCAAGGCACACUGGACAGUGGUAAAGAACAUUCUCAAGUAUCUGCGGAGGACUAAGGACUGGGUCCUUACCCUCGGGGGCAGUGAUGACUUGAGAGUGGAAGGAUAUAGUGAUGCUAGCUUUCAGACUGAUAGGGAUAAUUACCGCUCUCAGUCAGGUUGGGUCUUUAUCCUAAAUGGAGGGGCAAUUACUUGGAAAAGUUCCAAGCAGGAGACAGUAGCUAAUUCAACUUGUGAAUCAGAGUACAUAGCAGCAAGCGAGGCAGCAAAAGAGGCGAUAUGGCUAAAGAACUUCAUCGGAGACCUUGGAGUUGUACCAGCUAUAAAGGAGCCAAUGGAAAUUUUCUGUGACAGCGAAAGUGCGGUUGCUUUGGCUAAAGAACCAAGAGAUCACGAGAGAUCUAGGCACAUUGACAGAAAAUACCAUUUCAUCAGACAUAGAAUAGAAGAAGGACUCCUCGUGGCAAAGAGGGUAUCAUCAGAUGAGAACCCGGCAGAUCCCCUCACGAAGGGACUGAGCAGGGUUAAGCAUUUACAGCAUGCGAGGCGCAUUGGGCUGAAGGAUGAUAUUAGUUUCAAUAGUUGCUACACAUUCAUGAGUGCUCAUAAGUUCUGGGUAUUGGAUUCAACCCACGCUCACUUGCAUCACUUCAUGGAAUUUAUCUCGAGUGAUCGUGAGACGGUAAUAUCAUAUAAAUCUUCAAACCUAGAGAUAUGA